AUGGAUGCUAAAGGAAAGCUGUACAUCAUUUCAUUCGACGAAAUUUCCUUGAAAUCAAAUUUGGCCUAUCAAUCGAAUAUCGAUGAAUUGAUUGGUCUGGAAGAUUAUGGUGAAGGGGAAAAAACCAACUGCUUGGCAACUUCUGCUAUUGUUUUUAUGGCUUGUGGCGUGGUGCACAACUGGAAGCAGCCUUUGGCUUACUUUCUUGUCAAUGAAGCAUGCAGCAGUUUCAAAGUUAAAGAAAAGCUGAUCGAGAUCAUCAACCUUGUGGAAAAUAUAGGACUGCAUGUUGAAGCUGUUGUUUCUGAUAUUGGCUCCAACUUUCAAAAGUUGGUCCGAGAAAUGGGUAUCACCCCUGAAAAUCUCUG